AUGGAUGAAGAGAACCCUACUCGGUCACCUGGCCCUGGGCGCAACAGCCAGUCUACUCCUUCAACCGGUGAUUGCCCCGAGGGAGGCUACGGCUGGGUAUGCGUCGCCUGCGUAUUCGCAAUCAACAGCUUCACAUGGGGUGUCGUAGCGGCGUACGGAGUCUUCCUCUCCUACUACCUCUCACAAAACUAUUUCCUCGAAGCCCAAGCACGAGACUAUGCGUUCAUUGGCGGACUGAAUUUUGGCGUCGCAAUGAUUGCCGCUCCAUUGGUGACUGUGGUGGCCAAAUCCAUGGGAACCAAACCACCCAUGUAUGCUGGGGCGCUGUUCUUGUUAGCAGGAUUCGUCUCCGCAUCUUUUUCGACCCGGAUCUGGCAUGUGUAUCUCUCCCAGGGCGUUCUGGUCGGACUGGGAGUCGGUUUUGUCUACGUACCUAGCAUUCCGAUUAUAUCCCAAUGGUUCGACAAAAGGAGGAGCCUCGCAAACGGAGUCAGCACUGCUGGAUCUGGCAUCGGUGGCCUCUUAUUUUCUCUUGCUACUGGUGCCAUGAUCGAGAGCCUCGGUCUUCCGUGGGCACUCAGGGUCAUUGGCUGUAUCAGCUGCUGUACCAAUCUGCUGGCUACGUUCUACAUUAAAGACCGAAACGCCUUCAUACGACCAAAGCAGCGACCCUUUGACCGCAAUCUUGUGCGUCAACGGAGCGUCCUAUGGCUCCUAGCGUGGGCGUUUGUGAGUAUGUUGGGUUAUAUCACAUUACUCUAUUCUCUGUCCGACUUCUCGCUCUCCAUUAAUCUGGACCGAACUCAAGCCACGAAUAUCACGGCGUUGCUUAACCUGGGGACUGCCAUUGGCAGACCCUGCAUCGGUAUCCUCAGCGACCGUCUGGGAAGAUUCGAAGUGGCGAGUGGUCUCACCUUUCUCUGCGGCCUGUUCUGUCUUGCGCUCUGGGUCCCAGCGACAUCCUAUGCACUCAUCAUAAUGUUUGCUCUUGUUAGUGGAGCAAUCCUCGGUGUUUUCUGGGUAAGUAUUGGGCCUCUGUGCGUCGAGGUCGCGGGUCUUGAGCAACUUCCCUCACUUUUGGCACUGUCUUGGUUAUCCAUCGUCCUGCCCACCACAUGCAAGUCUAUGAUACCAAAGCCGAAUAAGAACGUAACUAACAACGCUAGUCUCGGAGGUGAUUGCGUUGAACCUGAGAAGGCCGGGCCACAAGCGUGA